AUGUCUGCAAGCAUGCAGACAUCUAUGUGCUCCCAUGGUGGGCUUCUUUUCAAGCCGGGAGGAAGCAACAUGCAAAAUCCCACAACACUUUCUUUUCUCCUUGUUGUCUUUGCUCAAUACAUUAACGAGAAUAAUCAGAUUGUCACUUGCAACAAUGGUGUUAUUGCUCCACCAUCAAGGCUUAUAGAACUAGCCAAAAGUCAGGUGGAUUAUAUUCUGAGUGACAACCCAUUACAAAUGUCCUACAUGGUAGGUUAUGGCGAUAAGUUUCCGCAGAGGAUCCACCAUCGCGCUUCCUCUCUACCAUCUAUGGACGUGCAUCCUGAGAAGAUCCCUUGCAAGGGUGGAACACCAUUCUACUUGAGCAGUCAACCCAAUCCUAACUUGUUAGUUGGAGCCAUCGUGGGAGGACCCGACGAGGAUGAUCGGUACCUCGACUUGAGAUCUAUGUUUACGCAAUCAGAGCCCACCACUUACAUAAAUGCACCCAUGGUUGGACUCUUGGCAUAUUUUCAUGCCAAUGCAUGA